GUUUUUGGUCCAACAUCCUUUGCCCUCGGCUUCGCUGGCCAUCUGUCUGGACAGCGCUCUCGGCUCUGCAAGUCUCCAGGAGCACCCGUCUCGAUAGCCCUUCGCUUCCGUCCAGAUCGAGAUCCAGAUCCAAACUGCCCUCGUCCCUGUCCAAUUGCCAUGUCUGUCCUCUUUCGCUGGGCCAUCGCCCUCGUCCUCCUGCUGUCCCAGGCAGCUGCCGAUCCAACCCUGCAGUAUCUGCCCCAGGGCAACUACCAGUUUCCCUUCUACUCCUCUGUGCCCCUCGGCACCCAAAACACCCAAAUCAAGCGCCUUGUCUUUGCCCUGCACGGCAUCGGCGGUAACGCUCUCCAGGACUUUACCACCGUCACUGGAAACUUCCCAAACAUCAUGUUUGAGACUGCCUUUGUCACGCCCUACUUUUACUGCAGUGGCGACUCGACUGUCGCCUCCAACGCUCUGACCUUCUGCGCCGGCUGGCUUGACGGCACGGCGAGCGACCAAAACAGCACCCUCUAUUCCUUCGACAUGAUCGACCAGCUCGUCCUGCUCGCCAAGAAAAACUUCCCAUCCAUCAACUACUACAUCUUUGCAGGCCACUCUGCCGGUGGCCAGACCAUCCUGCGCUACGCGUCCUCGACCCAGAUCGGCAUCGCCGAGUAUCUCUAUGCCAACGUCAAGUACAUUGUUGCCGGUGCCGGCACCUAUCUCUACCUCAACAGCUACCGUCUCAACAGCAACGUCGACCCCACCACUAUCUGCCAGUCGCUGGACAACUGUCCCUUGACCCAGAAUGACUUUGUGCAGAACUACGUGCCGCCGCCGCCCCGCCAGUCAUGCAGCGUCUAUGACAGCGGCAAGUACGGUCUCUCUAGCGUCAACGAUCCCAGCCAGCCGCCAAACUAUGCCCAGCGUGCGACCGCUGACUGGAUCUUCAACUCCCUCGUCGAGCGCAACAUCACCUACAUGGUCGGCGACCUCGACACCGUCGCCAACUACAAGCUUGACGUUACCUGCUCUGCCAUGGCCCAGGGCCCCGCCAGUCGCAAGAUGCGCUUCCUCAUCUUCUCGCGGUACAUGCAGAUCUUCUUCCCGGUCUACCAGCAGUACCAGAACCACAAGAUCGUCCCUGGCUGCCCUCACAGCGAUCCUUGCAUCUACUCGAGCAAGGAGUUUGAGCUCGAGGUGUACUCUGGCACGACCAUCAAUCCCCCGGACUUGCCUCCGGCCUCGUCUAUCACUGACAGCGGCUCGCUUCCCGAUUCCACCCCCGUUGCCAAAGUUUCUGGUAACGGCGGCUCUACCAGCUCGGCCCCGUCGGCCCUCCCGUCCUCGGUGCUCGUGGGUGCAUGCACCGUUGCCAUCGCGGCGGUGCUUUCCGGGCUCUGGGCUUUGUAAUGAUCCCGCACAUCUUCUCCUCAACCCACGUGGCUCCUCGGCUCGUUUGCUGUGCUGCUGUCAUACUCCCACAUGUCAUCCCAUUAUACGUUUCCCUUUCUAUCUUUUUCCUAUUCCCUCAGGUAUUGCCCUUGCGCUGCGUCGACUGUGUGUGUGUCCUGGCCUGGCUGCUCGGCACAAUCGCUUGUUGCUUGUCAAUCAAUGCCGACUGCACCCACUUCCGAAACCCGCUGGCUGUUCGGCUGCCCAGAGCGCCGCGAAUACAUCAUCUUUACAGUCAAUCCAAUAAAAAAACGGGACACCCGUGAUUUUGACGAUUGAUCAAA